UUCUUUUUUCUUUUUAGACUUAAAAUAAGAUUGUUGCUAAGCAAUGAUUGAUGCUAAGGAAAUUUCGUGUAGACUUUGCCUUAAAAAUAUAUCCGAUAAAAGUUUUGAAAUGAUAGACAACAUUAUCAUAGACAUUGUAGAUGGUCUUUUGCUGAAAUUGAAAUUUGAUAGCGAGAGCAAAGAGGUUAUAUGUAACAUUUGCAAAAGAAAGUUAAAUACGGCAUCAGAAUUUAAGUCGGCUUGUCUGAAUACCGAUAACGCAAUUAUUCCUUAUGUGGAUAGCGAAAAAAUGUUACAGCUCGACUUGAGAGAAGUGUACAUGCAGGAAAAGAAAAGUGAGUUAAUUGAUAUUUCUUGCAGUCAAAAAAUAUGUCGAUUGUGUAUGCACCCAGUAGAAAGUGAGUUUAGGUGUAUACGUGAAGAGGAACGUAAAGCUAUUGAGAAAUUGGCUCCUGAAAUGGUAUCAAUGAUACUAAAUACUUGCAGUUUUCAGAAUUUAAAAAACUAUACUUUGCAGAUUAUAAACAUCGUCAAAGAUCUUGUAUGUAAGCCGUGUUUUGAAUCUUUGUGCACUCAUAACAGUUUCCUAAAAGAUUGUUCAGGGGUAGAAGAAAAAAUUAAAAGUAUUUUUGAUUGUUCAGCCACAGAAUGUCAAAUAGAUAUGUCACCACCUGAUUUAUUUCUUAAGACUGAAAACUUGGACAAAGAAUUCGAUAUUAGUGAGAUGGAAAUGUCGAUCAAAGUUGAAUGUGUCGACAUAAAAUCGGAAGAUGAGGAAAGGAGGGACGCACCACUGCCAAGCUCCAAUAUUGUACCAUUCGAGGAGAGUGACUGUAAAGAAGCAGAAGAGGAUGGAUGUAAACAUGAGACUGGAUCAGAAAUGAAAACUAAGCAGGAGCACAAAGUAUUGUACAAAUGUGAUAUAUGUUUUUAUGAGACUGGAAGUGAGAUCCGUUUUACGGUACACUGUGCGAGACACGAGAACGAUUUGGAAGUGUACAAAUGUGAAUCAUGUGGGUACGAAACUAAAAAGGAGAAAUUACUUCGGAGGCACAUGUUGAGGCAUAAGGAUCCUUUGCAGAUUCAAAUGUACAAGUGUAACAACUGCACGUAUGAAACUAUAUACAAGGUUAACAUGAAACGGCACCAACUGAAGCAUAAAGAACCUUCGCAGGUUCAAAUGUACAAGUGUAACGACUGCGAUUAUAAAACUAAACGCAGGAGUAAUAUCAAACAGCACCAUAUGAAACAUAAAGAGCCUUCGCAGGUUGAGAUGUACAAGUGUAACAACUGCAAUUACGAAACUAAAUACAAGUAUGUUAUCAAAAAGCACCAACUGAAGCAUAAAAAUCCUUCACAGGUGAAAAUGUACAGGUGUAACGACUGCGAUUACGAAACUAAAUACAAGAAUCAUAUCAAAACGCACCAACUGCGACAUAAACAGCCCUCGCAGGUUCAAAUGUACAAGUGUGACAACUGCAGUCACGAGACUAAAUACAAGGUUAAUAUGAAACGGCACCAACUGAAACAUAAAGACCCUUCGCAGGUUCAGAUGUACAGGUGUAAUCACUGCGAUUAUGAAGCUAAACGCAGAAGUGAUGUCAAACAGCACCAGCUGAAACAUAAAGGGCCUUCGCAGGUUCAGGUGUACAGGUGUACCGACUGCGAUUACGAAACUAAAUACAAGAAUGCUAUGAAACUGCACCAUCUGAAACAUAAAGAUCCUUCACAGGUUCAAGCGUACAGGUGUAACGACUGCGAUUACGAAACUAUGUACAAGAAUGUUAUCAAAGUGCACCAACUGAAACAUAAAGAUCCUUCGCAAGUCAAAAUGUACAAGUGUAACGACUGCGACUUUGAAAGCAGGUACAAGAAUAAUAUAAAACUGCACCAACUGAAACAUAAAGAUACUGCGCAUGUUCAAAUGUACAGGUGUAACGACUGUGGUUACGAAACUAAAUACAAGAAUGCUAUCAAACGGCAUCAACUGACACAUAGAGAAGGUGAACCGACUGUGAUUAUGAAUCCAAAUGCAGGAGUGGUGGUCAAUUGAUGCACAAGAAUUGGAUUGCGGGUGUGAAUUAUCACCCUCGUUCAUCGUGCAAGAUAUUGUCGUAAAUGGAGACGUAUGGAUAUAACGCCGAUCGUAAAUAUGUGAAUACGAAGUAAAACGUAACACCCGCCUAGAAAUACAUCGGUUGAAUCAGGAAAACCUGACCAGAACGGAGGCCAACAAGUUAUUUUGGACUAGUAUUUGUAUUCAUUCAUAGGUACAGAAAUCGUAUACUGCAUAUUAAGGUUAUUUGUAGUUGUUCUUGUAUGUACUAUAUGAGACUGUCUUAACUUUAUAUACAUGUUAGAUGGACAGCUCAAUAAACAUUAUUAAAAACACAAUUUUUACUCCCGAUUGUUUCAUUAGUAUGCAGUAUACAGUGAUUCAGUCAGAAUAAUUUUAAGGAAAAAUAGGGAAAAAUGAGUAGAAUACGCAAUUAAAAAAAUUUUUAAAUGCAUAUUUAUGCUGAAAAAAAUUAUUUCCAAACAUUAUUUAAACCUCUUUCGGACUGCUCAUGACCUACCGUAACAUACGG